UAUAAUGAUAAGCCUGAUUCACAAUUAUAAAUCUCCAGUAUUAAUGAAAUUAAAUAAAAUCCCCCUUCUAUUCAGGCAUCUGCUUUUUACUCGUGGAAUUUCCAGACCCCUACAUUUAUCAAAUUUUGCGUGGGGAAAGCAACCUUCUCUUCUCCUUUCAUUCAUACCAUUACUCAUCAGUCAUCACUUUACUGAUUACUCCUCACCUUCCUUCUGCUUUCUUUUCCUUUUUUUUCGAUUUUCUUGUGAUAGGUUGAAGUUUCUUUAGAAACAAUAAUGUUUCAUAGGAGGAGGUCUCAAAACCAUGAUGAUAGUGAUCCUUUACACCGAGAUGCCAAGACCAAAGAACUUAGGCUGGCUGUUGGGGCUCUAUCUGGGCGUAAAUCAAAGUUCUGUACUGAUGCUUGUCUGAGGAGAUAUCUGGUAGCAAGGAACUGGAAUGUUGAUAAGGCAAAGAAAAUGUUAGAAGAGACACUCAAAUGGAGGGAUACAUACAAACCCGAGGAAAUUCGCUGGUCUGAAGUUGCACAUGAAGGUGAAACAGGGAAGGUCUCCCGAGCAAACUUUCAUGAUCGUGAAGGAAGAACUAUCCUUAUAAUGAGGCCAGGAAAGCAGAAUACGACAUCGGGAGAAGGCAAUGUUCGUCACCUAGUCUACUUGUUGGAGAAUGCUAUCCUCAACCUUCCCGAGGGUCAAGAACAGAUGGUAUGGAUGAUAGAUUUUACAGGCUUUUCAAUGAGCACCAGCGUUUCUGUUAGAACGACCCGAGAUAUCAUGAAUAUCCUGCAGAACCAUUACCCUGAAAGACUUGGUAUAGCAGUCCUUUAUAAUCCACCAAAGAUCUUUCAGGCAUUUUGGAAGGGUGUAAAGUAUUUCCUGGAUUCUAAGACUUUUCAAAAGGUGAAGUUCGUGUAUCCGAAGAACAAGGACAGUGCAGAACUAAUGAGGUCCUACUUUGAUGUUGAAAAUCUUCCGAAGGAGUUUGGCGGGAAUGCCACAUUAGAGUAUGACCACGAGGAAUUCUCAAGACUGAUGGCUGAGGACGAUAUGAAGGCUGCUAGAUACUGGGGAUUCGAUGACAAGCCAUGUCAUGCUGUUCAAGGUUGUGCAGCUCAAGUAAUACCUGUGCAGCCCAUUCAUGCCAACGGACAUUCGAAAGCUGAAGUAUUUCCAGAGCCAUUAUAGGUACUAUCAUCAAAAAAACAACUGUAGGCAGAUAGGUGUUGAGAACUAUGAGAAGUAUAGUAAAGAACCUCAUAAGUGCCUGUUUAUUUCUCUGAGUAUUGAGUUGGGAGAUUGUAUUAUGUGUAUAUGCAAGGGAGCAUAGUUGCAACUUGCAACCAUUCUGCUGCUUAUGAAAAAUUCUUUUCCA